CCGGGCCCAGAGCUGUCACCCAGGGCUGGGAGGGAACACAGAGAGCCCGCCUGCCUGCUCAGCUCCCCUUCCUGUCCGCUGAGUGCUCCUGGGAGCUCUGGAAGGGCCAGUGGUUGGAUGCCCCUCUAGCAGGCAGCUGGGCCUGUGGCUCCGGGGCUCCUGGCUCCUCCUGCCGCCUGGAGUGCCCAGGCCGGAUGAGGCACCUCCCCACAGCGCGGGUCCCAACAGCAGUGGCCUGAGGGAGCCCCUGAGUAGCGAGGGCCCCGCCCAGCCACCUUCCCUUUGGCCGACUCCCGCCUCAGGCGGCCCCCUGCCGGGCAUGCUGCUGGUGCCCAAGGCUCAGGGGCUUGUGGAGAUGCUGCAGACCAUCUAUGAGACGGAAUCCUGUUUCUCAGCAGAUGGGAUGCCAGGCCGGGAACCAUCCUUGGAAAUCCUGCCUCGGACCCCUCUACAUGGCCUCCCUGUGGCAGUGGAGGUGAAGCCGGUGCCGCCAGGGGCCAUGCCCAGCUCCAUGGGGGGCGGGGGAGGAGGCAGCCCCAGCCCCGUGGAGCUGCGGGGUGCGCUGGCAGGCCCCGUGGACCCCGCGCUGCGGGAGCAGCAGCUACAACAGGAGCUCCUGGCGCUCAAGCAGCAGCAGCAGCUGCAGAAGCAGCUCCUGUUCGCUGAGUUCCAGAAACAGCACGACCACCUGACCCGGCAGCACGAGGUCCAGCUGCAGAAGCACCUCAAGCAGCAGCAGGAGAUGCUGGCAGCCAAGAGGCAGCAGGAGCUGGAGCAGCAGCGGCAGCGGGAGCAGCAGCGGCAGGAGGAGCUGGAGAAGCAGCGGCUGGAGCAGCAGCUGCUCGUCCUGCGCAACAAGGAGAAGAGCAAAGAGAGUGCCAUCGCCAGCACUGAGGUGAAGCUGAGGCUCCAGGAAUUCCUCCUGUCGAAGUCAAAGGAGCCCCCACCAGGCGGCCUCAACCAUUCCCUCCCGCAGCAUCCCAAAUGCUGGGGAGCCCACCAUGCUUCUUUGGACCAGAGUUCCCCUCCCCAGAGCGGCCCCCCUGGGACGCCUCCCUCCUACAAACUGCCUUUGCUUGGGCCCUACGACAGCCGCGAUGACUUCCCCCUCCGCAAAACAGCCUCCGAACCCAACUUAAAAGUACGUUCGAGGCUAAAGCAGAAGGUGGCCGAGCGGAGAAGCAGUCCCCUCCUGCGUCGCAAGGACGGGACUGUCAUUAGCACCUUUAAGAAGAGAGCUGUUGAGAUCACAGGUGCCGGGCCUGGAGCGGCAGCCGUGUGUAACAGCGCACCAGGCUCCGGCCCCAGCUCUCCUAACAGCUCCCACAGCACCAUCGCCGAGAAUGGCUUUACUGGCUCAGUCCCCAACAUCCCCACCGAGAUGCUCCCCCAGCACCGGGCCCUCCCUCUGGACAGCUCCCCCAACCAGUUCAGCCUCUACACGUCUCCCUCUCUGCCCAACAUCUCCCUAGGGCUGCAGGCCACGGUCACUGUCACCAACUCGCACCUCACCGCCUCCCCGAAGCUUUCGACGCAGCAGGAGGCCGAGAGGCAGGCCCUCCAGUCCCUGCGGCAGGGUGGUGCACUGACGGGCAAGUUCAUGAGCACAUCCUCUAUCCCCGGCUGCCUGCUGGGCGUGGCACUGGAGGGCGACACCAGCCCCCACGGGCAUGCCUCCCUGCUGCAGCAUGUGCUGCUGCUGGAGCAGGCCCGGCAGCAGAGCGCCCUCAUUGCUGUGCCGCUCCACGGGCAGUCCCCGCUGGUGACGGGUGAGCGCGUGGCCACCAGCAUGCGGACGGUGGGCAAGCUCCCUCGGCACCGGCCCCUGAGCCGCACUCAGUCCUCGCCGCUGCCCCAGAGCCCCCAGGCCCUGCAGCAGCUGGUCAUGCAGCAGCAGCACCAGCAGUUCCUAGAGAAGCAGAAGCAGCAACAGCUGGGCAAGAUCCUCACCAAGACUGGGGAGCUGCCGAGGCAGCCCACCACCCACCCCGAGGAGACAGAGGAGGAGCUGACAGAGCAGCAGGAGGCUUUCCUGGGGGAGGGAGCCCUGACCAUACCCCGAGAAGGCUCCACGGAGAGUGAGAGCACACAGGAAGACCUGGAGGAGGAGGAAGAGGAGGAGGAAGAGGAGGAAGAGGAGGAGGAGGAGGAGGAGGAGGAGGAGGAGGACUGCAUCCAGGUCAAGGAUGAGGAGGGCGAGAGUGGUGCUGAGGAGGGGCCCGACUUGGAGGAGUCCAGUGCUGGUUACAAAAAGGUGUUUGCAGAUGCCCAGCAGCUGCAGCCGCUGCAGGUGUACCAGGCGCCCCUCAGCCUGGCCACUGUGCCUCAUCAGGCCCUGGGCCGCACCCAGUCCUCACCUGCUGCCCCUGGGGGCGUGAAGAGCCCCCCGGACCAGCCCACCAAGCACCUCUUCACCACAGGUGUGGUCUACGACACGUUCAUGCUGAAGCACCAGUGCAUGUGUGGCAACACACACGUGCACCCCGAGCACGCUGGCCGGAUCCAGAGCAUCUGGUCUCGGCUGCAGGAGACAGGCCUGCUCAGCAAGUGUGAGCGGAUCCGGGGUCGCAAAGCCACGCUGGACGAGAUCCAGACGGUGCACUCCGAAUACCACACCCUGCUCUAUGGGACCAGCCCCCUCAACCGACAGAAGCUGGACAGCAAGAAGCUGCUCGGCCCCAUCAGCCAGAAGAUGUACGCCAUGCUGCCUUGUGGGGGCAUCGGGGUGGACAGUGACACCGUGUGGAAUGAGAUGCACUCCUCCAGUGCCGUGCGCAUGGCGGUGGGCUGCCUGGUGGAGCUGGCUUUCAAGGUGGCGACGGGGGAGCUCAAGAAUGGUUUUGCCAUCAUCCGGCCCCCAGGACACCACGCGGAGGAGUCCACAGCCAUGGGAUUCUGCUUCUUCAACUCUGUAGCCAUCACAACCAAACUCCUGCAGCAGAAACUGAAUGUGGGCAAGGUUCUCAUCGUGGACUGGGACAUUCACCACGGCAAUGGCACCCAGCAAGCAUUCUACAACGACCCCUCCGUGCUCUACAUCUCCCUGCAUCGCUAUGACAACGGGAACUUCUUUCCGGGCUCUGGGGCUCCUGAAGAGGUUGGCGGAGGGCCGGGCGUGGGGUACAAUGUGAACGUGGCAUGGACGGGAGGUGUGGAUCCCCCCAUCGGAGACGUGGAGUACCUAACGGCCUUCAGGACGGUGGUGAUGCCUAUCGCCCACGAGUUCUCACCUGACGUGGUCCUGGUCUCCGCCGGGUUUGAUGCUGUUGAGGGACACCUGUCUCCGCUGGGUGGCUACUCUGUCACCGCCAGAUGUUUUGGCCACUUGACCAGGCAGCUGAUGACGCUGGCAGGGGGCCGGGUGGUGCUGGCCCUCGAGGGAGGCCAUGACUUGACCGCCAUCUGUGAUGCCUCUGAGGCCUGUGUCUCCGCUCUGCUCAGCGUGGAGCUGCAGCCCUUGGACGAGGCAGUCUUGCAACAAAAGCCCAGCGUCAACGCAGUGGCCACGCUAGAGAAAGUCAUCGAGAUCCAGAGCAAACACUGGAGCUGUGUGCAGAGGUUCGCUGCGGGUCUAGGCCGUUCCCUGCGGGAGGCCCAGGCAGGUGAGACAGAGGAGGCUGAGACUGUGAGCGCCAUGGCCUUGCUGUCGGUGGGGGCCGAGCAGGCCCAGGCUGCUGCAGGCCGGGAGCACAGCCCCAGGCCGGCAGAGGAGCCCAUGGAGCAGGAACCUGCCCUCUGACGCCCUGGCCCCCAUCCCUCUGGGCUUCAUCAUUGUGAUUUUGUUUAUUUUUUCUAUUAAAAAACAAAAAGUCACACAUUCAACAACGUGUGCCGUGUGGGUCUCUCAGCCUCGCCCCUCCUGCUCCUCUAAGCUGCCUCAGGCCCCCACUUUCCCCUCUCCCCCCUCCCCCCUCCCCCCGUGGCCCAUGUCUCAGCUCUAGAAGUUUGCGCUCUCUGUAGGGCGAGGGGUACCCUUUCCAGCCCUUCCCUCACGUUGUAUCCCACACCCACUUCCUGCAUUCUGUCUUUGUCCCCCUUGGAGCUUGGGCCA